GAAAGGGAAAGCAAAAUGCAAGUUCUAGUUGAAGAUUUAAUCCCAGCACUUCCUCUGAAUCUUCUGAUAGGUAUGUCUCAAUUGCCUAAUAAUUCAAAAAGAACAGAGUACAAAUUUGUAACAGAAAUGCCACAAAAACAUUUCAG